GGCAACCUCAAUCGUCACCGUCCCCGCGACGCUCCACUCACUUCAAACCCACUCGAGCUCAUCCGUGACGAGGAGCAGCCUCCCUUGUUUUACUUAUGCUGAGCAAAAGCAUAGGCCGGUCGCACUGGUGCACUUGAGCUACUCUUACCCGCAACAGUCGACGUACGGGAGCAGUGACAAAAUUAAGUUCAAGCCGGCAAAGAGCAGCGGCGACGAUGUACUACAACGUCAGUCAGGGUGUGAUGAAUCCUCAGCCCUUCACGGACAUGACUGGAAUGAACGGGCACGUGCCGGAGCAGAUGUUGUACCUGGGGUGGAACCACCCGCCCGAGCACUUGGAUCUCGUGCAUCCCCAUUGGCGCAGCUUCCCGGCCAUCGGCAAGUUCUGGCACAUUGGCAUGGCUCUCAUCUACUCCAUCUUGCUGAUUGUCUCGUUGGUCGGCAACGGAUGUGUGGUUUACAUAUUCAGCACAUCAAAGGCACUGAGAACUCCGUCGAACCUCUUCAUCAUAAACUUGGCGCUGUUCGAUCUGGUGAUGGCCACGGAGAUACCGAUGUUCUUGGUCAACUGCUUUUACAACAGAGUGGUCGGGUGGGAGCUGGGCUGUGACAUUUACGCUGCGCUCGGAGGUGUUUCCGGAAUGGGCUCGGCAAUAACGAACGCCGCGAUUGCCUUCGACAGAUACAGAACAAUCUCCUGUCCGAUCGACGGGAGACUCAAUGGCCAACAAGCUGUACUCAUAGUGGUGAUCACCUGGAUCUGGACAUUGCCAUUCACCGUUUUGCCAAUCACCAAAACUUGGGGACGGUAUACUACAGAGGGAUUCCUGACGACCUGCAGCAUCGACUUCCUCACCGAGGAUCAGGACACUAGGGUUUUCGUGGCGUGCAUGUUCGUCUGGGCGUACUGCGUCCCAAUGGCACUGAUCGUGUACUUUUACUCUCAGCUGAUCAAGUCGGUGAGGGCGCACGAGAAAAUGCUCAAAGACCAGGCCAAGAAAAUGAACGUCAAGUCUUUGACGAAUCAAGAUAAGGAGAGAAGCGUCGAGAUGAGAAUCGCCAAGGUGGCCUUUACGAUUUACUUUUUGUUCGUCUGCUCGUGGACUCCGUACUCUGCUAUGUCUUUGGCCUCUACCUUUGGAGAUCGCUCGUAUGUCACUCCGAUCGCCAGUAUGAUACCCGCGGUGUUUGCAAAGCUUGUGUCCUGCAUCGAUCCUUGGAUCUACGCGAUCAAUCAUCCAAGGUACAGACAGGAGCUGACAAAGCGUUGCCGAUGGAUGGGAAUCCACGAGCCCCAAGCCACCCCGAGCUUAGCUAGCGAGGCGGUCUCCGUGACCACGGAAAAACUUAAGAACGACGACGCCUAGGGGGCACUCCAGCCAAACGAAUUUUAAGAUAAGACAUCGCUAAAGGGUGGGUACACCCCGGCAGUUGGUAAUGGCGUGAACUGCGCGACGCUCGAGUCACCACGCGAGCGCCCCGAAUGUCCCGCAGCUUUUCGACUGUCGGUUUGGGACUCGCGUCGACGGUCAGAUAAAAAUUGUUAUUUUCGUCCAAAGAUAACAGGUUUACUGAGAAAUCGUUGGCUUAUUUUCUCGAGGUAAGCGAGCCGUCGUUUUUCGAUCGAUUUCAUGGAUUAUCGAUUUAAUUUUGAGCCGAGCCACAACGUGAAGCUCAAGACCGAGAUUUCGUGGAUCGGGACGACGAUGUCCUGCCAACGAUGCUUCACGCGUUUGAAUAUUCUUUGAUGCACUUGCGUAAUUACUAUGGUAGAAAUAAUGUGAAAAAAAAAAAAAAAUGUACAGCAAAAACGAAAAAAUUUUUUAUCAACCCUGUUAGUUUGUAUAUGUCACGAGUAGCAGUUGAAACGCGUAUACGGGCUCAAAGCCUCGUUACUUGUUAUUACAUGCGCAUUCGACGAGACAUGUACAUCGAUACUUGAGCCUUAGGCCACGCGAUCGCAAAUCCGACUCUCUAUAUACAUCUGUUCCUUCUCCCCCGAUAAGGAUGGAUUUUCAAAGAAAAAAAAAAAAAAAGCAUUUUAAUAAUAACUCGGCACAUGCCAAUCGAUGUAUUUAUACAUGAUUAUUCAUUUUGUAAUGCGUAUAAAAUGUUGUAAAAGACGUUUGCGUGACAAUUCGUAAAUAAACGCUUAUUCCUCAAACAACAA